AUGGAUAGACUACAACAGCUGGAAGAGAAGAAGCGGAAGCUUCAGGAGCUGAGGGAACGACGGAGACACGUGCAGGUAUCAAACACGGCCUGUUCGUCUGAUGAUCUAGUGAAACAUCUGCUGAGAACUACGACUAAUGCGCCCCAGGUAAACACCGAGACCGUGAGUGUUGGGACCCAGACCGAGGACGCGGAAGGCGCAGAGGCGCCAGAACGCGCGCCAGACGCUUUUCCCGGGCUAAUUACAUAUGAAAAGGGCAUUCAAACGGAACCGGUGGAGUUCAAAGAGGAAGAGAAUCCCAAAGAGUCGCAGGACGUCUCUGUAGCAGAUGUGCAGGCAGAAGAGGCCUCUCGUUCGCCCCACUCACCAGGAUCUCCCGACGCACGUCUUGGAGAGCACGCAGAGGCCGCCGCCAAGCCUCGCGUCGUCACACCGUAUGUUGUUGAGAACCAGGCGCUGACUAUCGGCACCAGGUCGUUCUCGCUGCUGGAAGCGCUGGAUCAGGACAGGCUGUCGCUUACGCAGAAAGAGCUCGAUAAUAUGCAGCAAUUCCAUGUGACACACUCGCUGGGACCGGCACUCUCGCUCGCAGGCGGAGCAAAGUGUGUUUGGAUUGACUAUCACGCUGAACUGACGCUUGCAGUCCUGCAGCACGCCGAUGAGAACGCUCCUCAGUGUACCAGCAGUGUGGCUGCAGUUUACAGACUCAGCACUGCAGAGCUGGUGGACGCGGUGGAGUUCAGAGGGCAGGCUCUUCUACGAGGGGAGUUUCUACGCAGAAAAGGCUCCAAGAUAGUGUCGGUACUUCUGACUUCAUACAAUGGCAAGACUAUCCUCUACGAAAUGCGUGCGGCAGCGAGCGCCGACGGAUCAUUGGCUGUCGAGCGCAACAUUAUAGCCCGCAACUUCCAUCACUAUCCUGCGUUCGCGCUCUGGCAAUACCACACAACAGAGCCUCGCGUGCUCGUGGGAAGCACAGACGGUACGGUCAGCGAGCUGGAUGUGCUGACCAUGGAACCCUACCAAAACCCUGUCUCGAGCGGGUUCUCAUCGCACUUUAAGGUCUUGCCGCUGCCGCCUUCGGCGCUGAUAGGCGGGGGAAACGCGCCUGAAGAGACGAAAUUGCAGGCAUCAUUCAAGCCGCAAUUGGAACUGCUUUCUCGGUAUGACGAGGUGGCUGUUACGUCUAUUGUCACAAUGCCGCAGGACCCCAGUAUGCUUUACCUCGGGUGCGAGGACGGCGGCAUUUACAAGGUCAAUACCCAUGAUUUGGAGACACGCAGUGUCUCAGUCGAUGCACAGAACAACGGGUUUGUCCCUGACGCACAGGCGCCAGCGCCAACGGUCGCUGAAGGCCUCCAAGAGACUACGCUUUUCCAUUCCCUGCCCGUCACAGGUCUGUACACCUGCAGGAGCGCUCCAAACUUGCUGCUUUCGUCCAGCAUGGACUGGGAGUGCGCUGUCUGGGACGUAAUCAAUUGCAAGAAAGUGACCCAGAUUGAGCUGGACCAUCCAGUUGUCAGCUGCGAAUGGGUCAGCCACGAGGAGCGCCACUACGUGUUUGUGCUCACGCCCGCAGCGCUGCAGGUCUACGACCUCCGACUGCUGCCGGAGUUCUCGCCGACUGGCGCGGUCGCAUGGUCUGCGCCCAAGAGGCCGGCUGAGCUUUUUAGUAUUAGCGUAGAGCACUGUGAGGGAUUCAGCUUUUUCGCCAGCUUCAAGACUUUGCAAGAGAGAAACAGGUUUUUCGUCGUACUGGGCGGUGACUCCGCGGUCCAGCGCUGUGUAGAGGUUUUGCUGCGCGACUAA